AAGGCGUAGAUGCAGCAAGAGAGACACAAGAGAAAGACGCCGGUAUCUGUGGGAACCGAGAGGCGGUGAGAGCCCUGAAGCCCCCUGUCUUUGUGCUCUGACCCUGACUGGGAGCGAGAGGCUGGCUCCAUCUCCCGCAAUAUGCAGCCCGGAAAACAGCCACCCGUUUAGAGGGACAGCGACCGGGGAAACGCUUCCCCAAGUCCGGGGCAUCCUGACCCUCCCUGGACCAACAGGAGGACGAGGUCUGGUUCCUGUAAACCCGGGGCAAGGGAGAGAGGAGAGACGGGGCCGGGGGCUUGUUACUGAGUCCGGACAGUCCUGCCACCCUCACAGAAAGUGGAGAAAGCUUCAACGUCGUUGCCUUUAGACAAACCGGUGAAUCUGCCAUUUUACUGCAGUGUGUGUGUGUGUGUGUAUGUGUGUGUAUGUGACACAUCGCCAUUAAUAUCAGCGCUGCAGAUUUCCAAACGAAAAACAGUGGGAGUGGACACAAUUUAAAACAAAAACUGGACUUUUCAGACGCUGCAGAUGAUUUGGAUUAAUCCCUGAUUAUUUUGUUUUAAAGAAAAAGUGGUUGCAUUGGGAAAAUAACCAGUACGCUGCAACAUCUGCAAGGAUCGGGGGGAGGCGGCUCCCAGACGCAGUGAGACCUCGGCAGCAUCUGCAGUGCCCCCCCACCCCCAGCCCCAGAGGCUGAGCCGUGAAAGCCCCCCUGCCCGAGCCCACCCCCAAGGACAGCUGUGAGUGCCUCCACCAUGGGUACGGUGUUGUCUUUGUCCCCCAGCUACAGGAAGGCGGCUCUGUUUGAGGAUGGCUCGGCCACGGUGGGCCAGUACACGGCCGUGCAGAACAGCAAGAACUGCAAGGAGAAGAACCUCAAGCGGCAGUCCCUUAUCUCGGUGCUGCCCUGGAAGCGCAUCGUGGCCGCCUCGGCCAAGAAGAAGAGCUCGAAGAAGGUCAACCCCAACAGCUACCAGAGCAAUGUGACCCACCUCAACAACGAGAACCUGAAGAAGUCGCUGUCCUGCGCCAACCUGUCCACCUUCGCCCAGCCACCGCCGGCCCAGCGGCUCAACCCGGGCUCCAAGGCAGCCUCGACUCCCAAGAAGAGCCCGCGGCUGGGCUCCGCCUCGUCUCCCAAGAGGGUCAUCGUGCAGGCGUCCACCAGCGAGCUGCUCAAGUGUCUGGGCGAGUUCCUGUGCCGCCGGUGUUACCGCCUGAAGCACUUGUCCCCCAGCGAGCCGGUGCUGUGGUUGAGGAGUGUCGACCGCUCGCUGCUCCUCCAGGGUUGGCAGGACCAAGGGUUCGUGGCUCCGGCCAACGUGGUCUUUGUUUACAUGCUGUGCCGAGACGUGAUCUCCCCGGAGCUCGCCAGCGAGCACGAACUGCAGGCCAGCCUCCUGACCUGCCUCUACCUAUCCUACUCCUACAUGGGCAACGAGAUCUCCUACCCGCUCAAACCCUUCCUGGUGGAGAGCUGCAAGGAAGCUUUCUGGGACCGCUGCCUCAGCAUCAUCGACGCCAUGAGCGCCAAAAUGCUGCAAAUCAACGCCGAUCCCCACUUCUUCACCCAGGUCUUCGCUGACCUCAAAAACGAGUGCAACCAGGACGACAGUGGGCGAAUGCUCAUAGGCUUGGACCGGUGACUGAGGUCUGACUUCCCCAUCCCCACCCCACCUUGGCUGCAUCACUGUCCCAGAGACACAUAAAAUCUCGAGAAUCGAUUAGAACCUAACCGAUACCUCGACUGACUUGAGUGUGCAUCAUUUUCCUUUACUUUAUGUGUGUGUGCGUGUGUAUGUGUGUGUCAUGGGGGUUCUACUCUGAAAGGGAUUUAUUUCCAUGCUGCUACAAAAAAAAGUGUUUUAGAACAAAUUUAAAACCCGUCCUGGAAUAACGGCACGUUUUUUUUAAAUCUCUCUUUAAAUUGCUACAGUGGUAUUGUGCAUGCAAAGUAUCUGUGUCCCUGAAACCGAUAUUAGUACAACAACAAGAAAAAAACACCAAGGAAAACAUUGGAGUAUUGGAAUAGUUCUUUUUCCAUUAAAUGUUUUGAAGUAUUUAUCGAAAUGGAGAAGAAGGGAUAUAUAUACACACGUUUUUUAUGUCGUUUGGGGAUGCACGUGACUUCUGUUUCUCUGAUAUCAGAACCUACUAAGAAUGUGCCAUUUUCACACGGAAGUCUGCCUGAGAGACUUCAGUUUUACAUUUUGAAAGUGCUAAUAUUAUGAAAAUGUUUCCCAGUGCAAUUUGUUAUUUAAAAAAAGAAAAUCUUUGUUGACCAAACGGUGUUAUUUGUUGUAUGUGUGUAGGGUGUAUGUGUGUGUGUGUGUGUGUGUGUGUGUCUGGGUGAAAUUGAGAAUAUUAGUGUCACAAUGCUGUGAACAGCCGUGGCUGUAUUUUAUGUUAAUGUUUUUUUUUAUUUCUAUUUAUUUUUGUACUGUGAUGAAUAAAUGCACUGAUCAUUCAUGAC